AUGUCGAUCACUGUUACAUCAAUAUAUAUAUCAAGCGCAUUCCAUAUUGCAUUCAUUAUACUUCACCUUUGCUUCUGGCGACUACUUAAGUGGGAUGAACAGUUAAAGAGAUUAAGUGCAGAUAACAAGGCUGUGAUGCAGACACUCAACCUGUGUUUGACAUUAUUGUUUGUACUGUUGACAGUACUAUUCAAUCAAUACAUGGACGAAGUGAUAACAACCAGUCUUGGUCAAGCUCUAUUCAGAAGUGUUGGUCUGUUUUGGGUGUUCCGUGCCAUACUCCAAGUGUUGCUGUUCAAUCUCAAGUCCACCGUUGAUCAAAUAUUCCUCGGCCUAUUCAUCUUUGGAUCGUACAUUCACUUGAUG